AUGGUUGCGCCACCCAUGGUGUGGUUUCCUGUCCUUCAAUCAUCUUUGUCUAUGCUUGUGUAUCCAUGUGAGCCUCGAUUGUCACGCGUGUGCAUGCUAGCUGCACUCUUGUUGCGCGACUAUCAUCGUCCACGUGAAAUUGGGGUUCUUUGCUGUUGCGUCUUUCGUGCCUGGUGGUUUGUCCUUGGCAAUGUGUUGUUCUCUUGCCACUGUGUUGCUGGUGUUGAGUCAUGGUACAGCACGAGUCGUGUUGUUGUGUGCCGUUCUUCGUGCGCUUGGGCCAGCUCUGUGCUGCCACACCGGCCUGUACGUGUGUGGUGUUUUGUGUCGUUUUGGUUUGGUUUGUGCUUCUUGUCUCGAGUUUGUCACAGAUAUAAUCAAGGGUAA